GUCACGCACGCGGAAACUGCACAGAGGCCGGAAACGUCGGUGGGGAGCGGUAGCUGGUGCUGAUCGUAGCUGACAGCUGCCCAGCGGCGCUCACACACUAACACCGCUGCGUCACUUUCUCUUAAACCGGGAAUGUCGCUGCUUCAGUCCGCUCUGGACUUUCUGUCCGGUCCGGGCUCUCUGGGUGCCGCGGGAAGGGAUCAGCAUGACUUCGUAGGGCAGACCGUAGAGCUCGGGGAGCUAAAGUUGCGGAUCAAGCGGGUGAUAGCUGAAGGUGGUUUUGCAUUUGUCUAUGAGGCACAAGAUGUUGGAAGUGGGAAGGACUAUGCACUAAAGAGAUUGCUCUCUAAUGAAGAAGAAAAGAACAAGGCCAUUAUCCAGGAAAUAUGUUUUAUGAAAAAGUUGUCUGGCCAUCCCAAUAUAGUUCAGUUCUGCUCGGCUGCAUCCAUAGGAAAGGAGGAAUCUGACACGGGCCAAGCAGAGUUUCUCCUCCUCACAGAGCUCUGCAAAGGACAACUUGUAGAAUACUUAAAGAAGGCUGAAGAGAAGGGCCCUUUGUCCUGUGAUACUGUUCUAAAGAUUUUUUACCACACAUGUCGAGCGGUUCAACACAUGCACAAACAGAAACCACCUAUAAUUCAUAGAGAUCUCAAGGUAGAAAACUUACUGGUCAGCAAUCAAGGGACUAUUAAAUUGUGUGAUUUUGGUAGUGCAACAACUAUAGCGCACUAUCCUGAUUUUAACUGGUCGGCUCAACAGAGGGCAAUAGUUGAAGAUGAGGUUACAAGAAACACAACACCAAUGUACAGAACACCAGAAAUUAUAGACUUGUAUUCAAACUUUCCUAUUGGAGAAAAACAAGAUAUAUGGGCUCUUGGCUGUAUCUUGUAUUUAUUGUGCUUCAAACAACAUCCUUUUGAAGAUGGUGCAAAGCUUCGCAUUGUUAAUGGCAAAUAUUCAAUUCCACAAAAUGACACCAAAUACCUUGUAUUUCACGGUCUAAUUAGCUCUAUGUUAAAAGUGAAUCCAGAGGACAGGUUAUCCAUUACCGAGGUUGUCAGCCAGCUACAGGCCAUUGCGGUAGCAAGAAAUGUCAAUCCAAAGUCUCCUAUUACAGAGUUGCUGGAGCAAAAUGGUGGUUUUGGGAAUACUGUGAAUUCAAGGCCAUCUUUAAUACCACAAGGUUCCAAGCUUUCUGGACAUCAUGGUGUAAAUAUUUCCGAAGAUGAUCAAACAGUCGGUGGCUUUUUUGACAUCUUGAAAGGAGGAACAGAGCGGUUUCUAACUAACAUUAAGGACACUUCCUCUAAAGUAAUUCAGUCAAUGACCAAUUAUGCGAAAGGAGAUCUGGAUUUGUCUUACAUCACCUCAAGAAUAGCUGUGAUGUCUUUUCCAGCAGAAGGUGUGGAAUCUGCCAUAAAGAACAAUAUUGAAGAUGUGCGCUUAUUUCUGGAUUCAAAACAUCCAGGAUGUUAUGCUGUCUACAAUUUAUGCCUGCGAAAAUAUAGACCUGCAAAGUUUCACAACAGGGUUUCUGAAUGUGGUUGGUCUGGAAGACGUGCUCCAAAUCUCAUGAACCUAUACAGCAUUUGCAAAAAUAUGCAUUUGUGGCUGAAACAAGAUCAGAAAAAUGUCUGUAUAGUGCAUUGCCUUGAUGGAAGAGCUGCAUCUGCUGUUGUGGUUUGUUCCUUUCUGUGUUUCUGUCGCCUGUUUACUACAGCUGAGGCAGCUGUUUAUAUGUUUAGUAUGAAACGCUCUCCACCUGGCAUUUGGCCCUCUCACAAAAGGUAUAUAGAGUAUAUGUGUGAUAUGAUGGCAGAAGAACCAAUAAUUCCACACAGUAAACCCAUACUUAUAAAGUCCAUAUGUAUGACACCGGUGCCUUUAUUUAGUAAACCACGCAAUGGAUGCAGGCCGUUUUGUGAAAUUUAUGUAGGAGAUGAGAGAGUCGCCACAACAUCUCAGGAAUAUGAUAAAAUGAAGGAAUUUAAAAACGAAGAUGGGAAAGCUGAGAUCCCCUUGGAUGUGACAGUACAAGGUGAUGUUCUGAUUGUAAUCUAUCAUGCACGAUCAACACUGGGAGGAAGAUUACAAGCAAAGAUGACUUCCAUGAAGAUGUUCCAAAUUCAGUUUCACACAGGAUUUGUGCCGAGGAAUGCAACAACUGUGAAAUUUGCAAAGUAUGAUCUUGAUGCAUGUGACAUCCAAGAAAAAUAUCCUGACCUGUUUCAAGUAAAUCUGGAAGUAGAAGUGUCUCCUCGAGACAGGCCCGCCAGUAUCACUCCACCUUGGGAAAAUCUGAACACAAAACGAUUAAAUCCCAAAAUACUUUUUUCAAGCAGAGAAGAGCAACAGGAAAUCUUAACAAAGUUUGGCAAACCAGAAUUACCUAGGCAACCUGGAUCAACAGCACAGUAUGAAGAGGAAAUUUCUCCCACAGACAAUUCUCCUAAAACCGAAACACUCCAAAAAAGUGAUUUUUUUCAAACACUUGAUUGGCAAGUGGAAGAAAGUCACAUCACUAUAGGAAACCAUGACUAUGUAUCUCGCAAUGAUCACAAUGAAGGCACAAGUGAUACAAAAAGUGAAUUGUCUGAUGACGAAUUUCAUGCUUUUUCCCACGAGAACAGUUCAGGAGAUUGUGAAGAGACUGAAACAUCUGUUAAAACCAAUGGACAAGAAAGCAGUGAAAUUUUGUUUGACGCAAGUACAGAUGCACUUAAAUCAGAUGCUCAAACUCAUUCUGAAAGUGAAGCCGAUUUGCUUGGACUUAAUUCAUCACCUGUAUCAUUGAACUCGGCACCAUCUGAAAUGAAGAGGUCAUCCAGUAAUGCAGCUUUAUUAGAUGAUCUCUUUGAAAGUGUUUUGCCAGAUUCUACAAUAAAAGCAGAUAUUAAAACAGAGGACUUGAUAGGAAGUGGAGAGAAUUACUUUUUUAGUGGGCCACCUCAGAGGUCAACAGAGUCCUCCAGUACCUCAUUUGAUGCACUUUCCUCUUCAGAUCCAUUUGAUCCUUUUGGACUUUCUGUUCCAGAAAAGUCAAGUGGUCCUGAUCUCUUUGAAAGCCUGAUUAAUCCAAACUCCACAUCCUCUCCCAAUGUUUGUCCCUUAACAGAAGUUGCACCUUAUCCUACCUCAAAUGUUGACUUCUUAAAAUUAGAUAAUUUACUUCCACAAUCAAAGAUUUUUGCUUCUACAAGCAAUCCCGAUAUCUUGAGUGGAUGGGAUUCUUGGGAAGAACCUUCAAAAAGUGCCACUAGUUUUCUUCCAAAGCCUAACAAAUCUGCUUUUCUAGGGCCAGCAUCCACUACUGUCAGUCAGUUAAGUACAUCUUCCAGCUUGUCAUUCACACAAGCAAAGUCUUCAAAUUUUGACCCCUUUGCAGAUCUUGAUAGACUUGGUUCUUCUCUACAAGGGUCGUCAUCUCAGUUCUCUUCUGUUCGGCCCAAUGACAAAUCUUCUCAGAAAGCUGGAAAUUCAUGGCAAGCUGGAAAACCCCAGAGUACUACGCCUUGGCAAUCCCAGACCAAAAGUGGAGUGCCUACCAAGCCCAACUAUAGUGGUUUUAGUGUAAUUGGAGGAAGAGAAGAACGAGGCAUCAGAGCACCAGGUUUUGGACCAAAGCCAAAGGUUACAGAAGAUGAUUUUGUGGAUCUAUUGUCAAGGCAAGGAUUUUCUAGCAAAAUGGAUAAAAAAGGACCAAGAACAAUUGCUGAAAUGAGGAGACAAGAACUGACUAAGGAUAUAGAUCCUCUGAAGUUGAAAAUUUUAGACUGGAUUGAAGGAAAAGAAAGAAAUAUAAGAGCUUUAAUAUCCACUCUUCACACUGUUUUGUGGGAUGGUGAAACAAAAUGGAAACCUGUCAAUAUGUCUGAUUUGGUUACCCCUGAUCAAGUGAAAAAGAACUAUAGAAAGGCAGUACUUGUGGUUCAUCCAGAUAAGGCCACAGGAAAACCCUAUGAACAAUAUGCCAAAAUGAUUUUUAUGGAAUUAAAUGAUGCCUGGUCAGAAUUUGAAAAUCAAGGAUCAAGAUCACUUUUUUAAACUUUGAAGGACUACAUUUUUUGCGUGUGUUUGUUGCUGGCAAAGUUUUCUUUCCUUUUUUUUCGUCUCUCCAUGAUUUUUUUUCCCCUUGUCUCACCAUGAUUUCUCCAAAGUACAACAGUCCAAAUAAAAAAGGAAAACUUGUCAAGAUCCUACUCUUGGACGCUGACAAAAAAAAAAAAUCUUUUGUAAGCACAUUCCAAACCAUGUGUUUAGGGCAUUAUCUUCUAGGCAAAAAAAAAAAAAAGAAAUAGGUACAUGCUGACAUUGAGCUAAUCAGUGUAUUUGAGUACCAUGUCUGAAAUUCCUUUAAAUUUUGUAUUAUGUUUUACUGACUAGAUUUGUCUAAAAUCCAUUGUAGGUGUAAAUUUUUCAGUUUAUAUUCAAAAUAAUCAUUCCCACUGUAUUAUUUAUACAAUUAAACUAUUGUGUUCAUAGUUUCAAUCUUUUGUCUCUGUAAACAAAUAAUUCGGAAUGAAGGUUUGUCUUAGAUUAUUUUAUGCAGCUCCCAAAAAGAAAAUGUUUGGCCGUUGUUAAAUUGAGGUUGCGACUAAUAAUGGCUGCCUUUGCAUAUUUGUUUUACUUAAACAAUGACAAUUUUACUCAAAAAGUUUUUAUUAUACCAAUGUGCCCCGUCCCUAUUUUUUCUUUACUCGAGUGUUUAUUUUGUACGAUAAUGUCAAAUGAACACACCAACAAUGUGACUUGUAUAUCAAGUUGUGCAUGCCUUAAAUGUGAUUAAGAAUUAGAUCUUUGAAAAUUGAUAAACUUGCACAACUAUAUAAUAUGGAGGGAAAAAAAAUCCUAUUAUUCUUCCGAAUCUUUCUAGAUUAUAAGUGCAAAGAUGUCUGUUAUAGGACAGUCCCUAAAUAAUAAGUUAUAAUUUUAGAAAUCUAGCAUGUAAUAAAAUUUAGAAUUGGGGGGGGGGGGGGGCAUAUUUGGCAGUAAUUAUUCCUUGUUUUAAGAUGCUGCUAACAGGACAUUCUUCACCUUUAUAUAAUUGUAAACAAGUGUGCUCAAUCCAGUGUGCCACAGUUAGCUCAAUGUAUUUGUUAUACACUACUAUUUUGGUUGUCUGGAUUUUGAAUUAGACUCACAUGCAAAAAAGGGACCUGUUAAAUGCUCGGAUAAAGAUAAGUAAAUAAAAAUGUCUCUUAUUUUGUAAAAAUA